GUCCAGUUCAUUAUUAGAUGGCACCAAAGCAACUAGCCUCUUUUUGUAAUAAUCACCUACUCACCCUCACUUCACUUUAUAUUCUCCUCAGCCUCAUCCUCACCCUCAGCCUUCCUCCAUUGAGAUUGAGGUGGUUCAAUCUCCUGCUCAAGUUGGGACUUGCAUGAAGAAAAGAUUUUAGAAAAGAAAAUGGGGCUUUCUUCACUUUUUUGUGCCACUGCGCUACUUGUUUCGUUGAUCUCUUCUUCUGCGACUGCGCAAUCUCCUCCAGCUCCGUUCCUGCCUCCCUCUCCGGCACCUGCUCCGGCCCCGCACUUUGUCAACCUCACGGAUCUGCUCUCAGUCGCUGGCCCUUUUGGCACUUUCCUCAACUAUCUCCUUCAGACCAAAGUCAUCGACACAUUUCAGAACCAGGCUAAUGAUACCAAACAAGGCAUUACCCUCUUCGUCCCCAAUAAUGCAGCCUUCGCCUCCCUCGAGAGAUCUGACCUCGGAAAUCUUACCCAGGACCAGCUAAAAUCUCUGCUCCUCUACCAUGCCUUCCCCAAAUACUACUCCCUCUCCGACUUCAGGAACCUCAGCAACUCGAACCCCGUGAGCACAAUGGCGGGCGGACAGUAUACGCUUAACGUCACUGAUUCAUCCGGCCUCAUCCAUGUCGCUUCCAGUUGGUCAAACCCAAAGAUCUUUAGCAGUGUGUGGGCAACCUCUCCGGCGGCAGUAUACGCGAUCAACCGUGUUUUACUUCCUCAGGCCAUCUUCAGCAGUGAUCCACCUUUAGCUCCUGCUCCAGCUCCAGCUCCUGAGACUACGAAGCCAUCCGACGUUGCUCCUCCCCGAAGUGAAAUUGCUUCUGCGCCUAAAUCAUCAGAGUCGUCGACCAGCGGCGCUCUUUCACACAGCAGCGGCGCUAGUCUCUUCAAUCACUUGGUCUGCGCAGUAUUCGGCAGCCUGAUUCUUGUUCUGUGAGGGUUGGUGGGCUCUGCUUCCGAGCACACCAUGUGCCGCUCACUGCCAUGGCUUUCUUUUGGUUCAAGUUUUUUUAAGAUGGAGUAGACAUGAUUUGGAUGUUUAAGCAGAAUUUGAGACGUGUAUUUUGUGCCAACAUAAACUAUUCUUCUAUUAAUUUCUUUCA